CGGGGAAUUGCGGUGGUAAAUAUUUAUCCGUAGAUAAAUACUACGACUUCCCCGGCCCGGUGGUCUCGAAUCUUCAGUAUCCUAUCUCCAGCAUCACAUCUCUAGCCAACAACACACUCCCACGCAACCACAGCCGCCACCGGAAAUGUCACUCCGCACGAGCUUCGAAUGGGCGACGCACACCUACCAGUCGACGCCCGCAACCGAACUCGACAUCUUCAAGCCGAGCACGCACACGUCCUCCUCACCUCCCCGGAAGACGCUGAUCAUGUUCCACGGCGGUGGUCUCGUCACCGGUCAGCGGCAGGGUAUGGUGCCUGAGGAUGUCGCGAUCCCCCUACUUGUGAGCGGGUGGAUCGUGAUUUCCGCCGAUUACUCUUUAUUCCCGCAAGCCGACGGGCUCUCCCUCCUGCGCGACAUAUCUGCGCUCGAGACGUGGCUCACCACCCACGCCUCCGCGGAGGGAAUCGACACCACCCACGUCGCGGUCAUCGGUGCGAGCGCCGGUGUUUUCCUUGCUGUGCUUGCCGCCGCGCACUGGAAGACGGUGAGGCCACAGGCACUGCUAGAUUAUUACGGAAUGCUGGACCUGGGGGCGCCGUGGUACUCAGCGGACAAGUCUUCUUCGCCGCCGGUGGUGAUCGGGAUCCCGACUGAUGAUUUGGAAGAGGCGGAGUUUGCAGCGAUCCUGGGGAGUAACGAGGUGUUGACGAAUGAUCUGGUCGUUUUCGGGGUGACCCCCCCGGGCGGCAGGUUUAGGUUUUUCCUUUGGGCGGUGAAGCAGGGGGUCUUGCUGGAUUUUUUGUUUGGCAGGCAUCAAAGCCAGAGGGAGAGGGGUAUGACAGAGGUACCGGAGGAUAUGCACUCACAGCUGCUGCCGUUUGACUUGGUGAAGAGUAUGCCGCCUACUUGGGUCAUUCAUGGUGGUGCGGAUAGUGUGGUCCUGCCGACGGACUCGAGGAGGUUCGUGGAGUUGCUGAAGGCGGAGGGAAUUCAGGUCGAGUACACGGAGGUGGAAGGCGCGGAUCAUGGUUUGGUUGGCGUUCCACCUCGACAGGGAGUUGAGCAGGCUGUGGAGUUCCUCGAGAAGUGGGUGGUGUAGGCAUGUCGAUAGAUUGCGGUUUCCUUUGUCGUGUAUGACGUGUAUGUAGUCUUGAUGAUAGAGUGCGUUUUCAUUCAAUGAUAC